AUGGCUGAAAACGAAAAUGAUUGGGAUUUAUGGGCAGUUGUGAGAAGUUGCGGCAAGAGGAACAACUCUGUUCAUGAUGAUAUGAACGUUAAUAAUACCUCUGUUCUUGAGGAUCCUACUCAUGUUACUGAUCGUGUUGGUGAUUUUACCGGCUUGGAACACAGGCAUUACUUUGGGUUAGAUGAAAUUAUUAGUCUUUCCAAUAACCUGAAUACCACCAAUUCAAAAAUUGAAAACCAAACUGAAACUAUUCCAAACACACCACUGGUGGUUGUAGAACAUGAGGAGAAGAAGAAGAAGAAGGUGAGAUUCUCGAUGCAAAUUUCAAGUACUGAGGCAGGCAAUACGUUUAGUUACCGCGGGAAGAGCACUGAAAGAUAUGAAAUAUUAGCGGAGAAAUUGAGUGAGGCAGAUCAAUGGAGAUGGAGAAAGUAUGGGAUGAAGCGAACUGGUGAUUCGACUUUUCUCAAGAGCUACUAUAGGUGUAAUGAAGCUAACGAUUGUCCGGCAAGGAGACAUAUUCAGAAAAGCUCAACAGAUCCAAACAAGGUGAUUGUAACUUACAGAGGCCAACAUAAUCACCCUCACAUUGCAAUGGUACACGGGAGUCCUAAUGCUGCUGCGCCACUGGAAGAACCAUCUUUUCCCUCUUCUACCUAA